UAAACCGGAAGUUGUCAUUAGCGCUAGCACCAGUUAGCGGUUUGACAACAAAGAUCGGAUCAGCUGAUCAGGCGGAGCUGGUUAUUGAUUGUUACUGAUUAGGUUACUGGCUGGUUUACAGGCGGAUCACGCGGUGCAGACAGCCUGCUUAAAGUUCCACUCUGGUGUCUGUUUGACUCUUUUCUAGUCGGAGACUGCAGACUGAGGAUGUCGGAGGAGCAGACGGUGUCUCUGGUUGAUGUCCUGGAGGAGGAUGAGGAGUUGGAGGAAGAAGCUUCGGCUGUGUUGGCAGGAAGUGACUCUGAUCACUGCUCAUAUCCUCAGGGCUACGUGAAGCGGCAGGCUCUGUAUGCCUGCAACACCUGCACACCAAAGGGGGGAGAGGCAGCAGGAAUCUGUCUGGCCUGCUCAUACAAAUGUCACGAAGGACACGACCUCUUCGAACUGUACACCAAGAGGAACUUCCGCUGUGACUGCGGAAACAGGAAGUUCACAGAGCUGCAGUGUAAACUCUACCCUGAGAAGGAGGAGGUCAACAGUCAGAACAAAUACAGUCACAACUUCUUUGGAGUCUACUGUACCUGCGGCCGGCCUUACCCGGACCCGGACGACCAGGUGGAAGAUGAGAUGAUUCAGUGUGUGGUGUGUGAGGACUGGCUGCACGGCAGGCACCUGGGCUGUGCGGUUCCAGACUGCGUCGAGCUGCAGGAGAUGAUCUGUGAAUCCUGUAUGAACAAAAACCCUUUCCUGUGGACCUACGCCGCUCACCUGGCAGUUCCAGGUGCCGAGUUGCAGGUGAAGGAGGAACCAGGAGCAAACGAGUCAAAUACUAACCUCCCCAACAAAGAGGAAAAGGGUGAUGAUGUCAUCCGGCCCAGCUGUAAGCGGAGCCGCGAGGAGGCGGAGCCGAGCUGUAGACUGAAGGAGCUACGUGCGAUUGGUCAGAAAAGAGUCCGGUCAGGAGCUGUGUUCUGGCCGUCAGCGUGGCGCUCCAAACUCUGCUCCUGCAGCACCUGCCAGGAGACGCUGUCUGAGGCCGGUCUGUCCUUCCUGCUGGACGAGUCAGACACCGUCCUCGCCUACGAAAACAAAGGAAAGAACAACGAGCGGACGCAGCAGGGACACGACCCUCUGAUGUCAGCGCUGGACAACCUGAACCGAGUGCAGCAGCUCGAGAUCAUUCACGGAUACAACGACAUGAAGAGCGAGCUGAAGGACUUCCUGCAGAGGUUUGCAGCAGAAGGAAAAGUCGUGACUCCUGAUGACAUCCGUCAGUUCUUCGAGCAGCAGCAGAGUCGUAAGAGACAACGAGUUGAUGCAGGACACUUUUACUGCACCUGAUGACCUUUGACCUUCGACUGACCUUCGGAUGACCUUUGACCUCUCUUGACCUCCCGACUGGGUUGCCCCCACCUCCCCCCACCCAAUCUUUUAUCCUUUUCCCGUUUCCUGUCGUUUUGUGUUGUUUCCUGUCGAUGUUGUGGAUCUUCUGGAGGUUUUAAAGUUUUUAUCUUCGGUUUGUUUUGAACCUUUCAGACUUUUUAACGUCGUCUGUUUCAGAGGUCACCAACAUUCGCGUCUCUUUCCUCUUUCCUAAUAAAACCGAAUCAACAACA